AUGUUGGAACAUCUGGUCGCUUGGGUUCUUAACAAUUAUGUAGGAGAAUAUUUAGAGAAUUUGAAUACCGACCAGUUAAGCAUAGCAUUACUGCAAGGGCAGGUUGAAUUAGAAAAUGUUCCAUUGAAGGAAUCGGCUUUGCGCAAAUUUGAUGUUCCAUUAAAGGUAAAAUCUGGCUUGCUUGGGAAACUUACACUAUCAGUACCAUUAACGCGGCUGCGAAGCGAGCCAUGGAUUAUCAAAAUGAGCGAUUUAUUGGUACUUUUGGAGCCAUUAUCAUCGGUUCGAUACGACGUUGAGAAUGUAGAAAUAUACGAGCAAGCUAAAAAGGAGCAGCAGCUGGAGGAUCUAGAAAAAUAUCAUAAGAGACAAUUGCUGAGUUAUUGGGGUUUGCCUAACCGUGACAGUGCGUCGGAGCAGAAUUGGUGGGGAACUUCGUUGGUAUCAACCAUCGUUAACAAUAUUCAGUUAGUUCUAACUAAUGUUCAUAUACGAUAUGAAGAUGAUAUUACGUUACCGAACAAUGCACCAUUUGCAUGUGGUAUGCGCAUACAUAAUGUCAGCAUGCAAACUACAGAUUCACAUUGGAGAAUUGGAUACAUGCAGCCGCAAGAUGGUGUGAAUAUGUUUAAAAAAUUAGAAAUAGAUGGUUUGUCGCUUUACUGGAAUUGUGGACAGCAAGUUUCUGAAGAAAUCAAAAGCCACAUAGAUUUGCAGUAUAUAAUGGCACCAGAAAUUAGCAGAGAUAAUAUGUGGAUCCUUCAACCAUUCAGCGGACACUUAUAUAUGGAAAGAAAUACAAACAAAUUUCCUUUGAAAACAUAUCCCUACAUUCCAAGGUUUAAAUUUAAUUUGUGUCCUGAGAAGGUUGUAAUUGAACUGACGAAACAGCAACUCUUGGAAAUGGGUUCAUUGGGGAAAGAAUGGGCUCGAUUUGAUAGAUCAAGACAACAUCGAAAAUGGCGACCGUUGACUACUGUUGGUGAAAAUGCAAAAGAGUGGUGGAAUUUUGCAUACAACCGUAUACAGGACCAAGAAAGGCAACGAAAGACAAGACACACUUGGAGUUUUGCUUAUAACCGUGCGGUGCAAUUGAACUCAUAUUGUCGAGCUUAUCGACGGAGAUUAUUAUCUCACUUGGAGACAGCUGCAGUUUCCGUCACCGGUCAAUCAAAUAAAUUUAACGAAAAAUAUGAGACGUCACAUUCUGGAAGUGUUUCCGGCCAAAACUGUGAUAUAGAACCGUUGGAAGAAGCGAGAACCGCUACAAGUUCAAAUUUAUCGACUAGUGCUUCUUUAAGAAAAACUACAAACUCCGAGGAUUUAAUUUUGAUGAAACAAAUCGAAAGAGAUUCCAAUUACACCUACCAUGAAUUGCAAUUAUUUCGAGAAACAGUAUUUCGGCGAAUUCUUGCUGAGAAAGAAGCACGACGUUCAUGCAGCGAAAACAAAUUUCAAUCCGAUGACGAAAGCUUUGAAAACAUCGAAUUUCCUGCACUUCGUCAUGAUUCAGAUACUGAUCGAACAACCGGUAGUAAUCAUUCUCAUUCUGAAGAAACAGCAAAAAAUUCUGAUGGUGGAUUGUACAGUUGGCUGAGUAAUUGGAUAUAUGGUCCACAAAAAGAAGCAAAAUCAGAAAAAAAUGAUCGUGAUGAAUCUGUAAUCGAUGUAUUAUCCAACAAUGAAAAAGAAAGCUCGUUAUCCACGGAUUUUAAACUGCUCGAAAAACAGGUCGAAGAUGAAAUUUUGGAUGUGCUGAACGAAAGCAGGGAUGAUUCAACCGUAUUAUAUCGUGAUACUCUAUUAGCGGAAGUAAAAUUAAAACUUGAAAGGAUAACAAUACGUUUCAUAGAUGACUUUGAGAAUCGAAAAGAUGGAAGUACACGAGUACUAGCAAUGGAUUUAUGGCAAUUAACAAGCUGUGUCCAUCUAAGCCCACGUCGUUAUAGUACAGCUAUGUCACUUACUGUUGCUGAUUUGAGUCUACAAAGAUUAUACACCUUCCCUACGGAAGAUAUGUUGGUCGAAAGUACGCAAAAUGGCGAAAGUAGCAAACAAGAGAGUGAAUCACUGAUGUUUGGGUUUGCGAAAGAAACCACUCAAAUCUUGUUUGCCAUUGGAAAGGCUGGGAAAACUAGUGGUCCAAAUGCUUUAGAUAGUGCCAAAAGCAAUGGUUCGAAUAAUGCACUGUUUCGAUUAACAUACCAUCGCCGUGCUCCAAAGAUGGUGGUGACACAUACGCUUGAUAUAAGGUGCAGUGAAUUGUCAGUAUUGUAUAAUGAGGAUGCUUUUGAUGACUUAGCCACCUUUUUCAGCGACAAAAGCGUAGUUAAACAGGAUAAAAAUUUGGACCCCAUAUUGAUGGACGUUAUGACUGUCGUUGACUUCGCCAUUCAUUGUCCCCAGCUAAAAGUGGAGUUGCGUAGCAAACGAGGGAAUUUAUUAGAUCGAAAAAAAAAAUCAGCAACGUCGACACCAUUCGCUCUGGCAGAUAUGAGGCACCUAGUAGUUGGAAUAUCAAAUAGAGAACAGUUCGUUACAACGGUUGAAAUUGAGUUCGGUUCGUUAGAAGUCGAAGAUUUGUUUGAACCGACAAUUGAUUCAUUACUAUGUAUAAGAAGUCAAGUUUCCUCGCUUAAGAAACAAAUGUCUGCUUCAUGUCCAAGUUUGAAUGUUGACGACUUAUGGUUCAAAUCUUCUACAUCUCAGCAACGUACACGUGGCCUCAGCGUAAGUUCACGUCCUACCACAAUGGAUACCAGUAGAAAUGAAAAACUAAGAAGGGAGAGUGAUACUCUAAGUAGCACUGGAUUAAAGGACAUUAACAUUGUUGGUGCAUCUCGUUUCACUCUUCUGUUAAUUAGCAAAAAGCACCCAUCUUUUGAAUCCACCCAUAAAAAAGUAAGCUGUUUGAUCAAUAUGGAUAUACCAAAAGUAGAAAUAUGCAUGAAUCGACGAAGUUAUACGCUCUUGUUCGAUUUUUUUGGUUUGUUGGAACCAAAAAUGGAACUUCCAGAGGACUAUAUUGAAAUUCUAGCCCGCCCAUCUGCAGCUAAUACAAAUAUAGCUUUACAAGAUUUAGAGCCAUAUAAUAUGAAAGUUAAUAUCAAUGUUGGCUUGAUACAGAUAGUGAUGAAUUAUCCGACAAAUAAAUGCCAUUUAGGUGUAAUCCGAGGAGAGGAAGUGUUUAUUAGUGCACAGGCAAGGAUCAACGACGAUGAGGUACCACUAGAAAUAUCGCUGUCGUUGGGAAAUUGUUCACUGUCGGAUAAUACACCCUUUUAUUCGGAACUGUACAGCGAACGUAUUAGUCUUCGGAUGAGGAACAAAGUGAUCAAACGAACACUUUUUUCAGAUGACGAAAAUCAAAGACAUAUGUUUUCUUCUCAUGCAACUCUUGACAUUACUAAAUGUUUGUGUGCAAAAUUAGCUGCGGCUAGAGGAUAUGACGUGAGUAUUAUACUACGAAUACCGUCAACGAUGAGCAUCGCAUAUGUCCAUACACAUCGUUAUUUUAAUGCGCUAUUGGAUUUUUGGCAGCAGUUUAUAGAGUUACAAAAUAUUGUUCUACGAAAUAACGUUUCAUCUGCAAAUAUUCGAAUGAACAAUGAUGUGCGAAGUAGGACAAAAUUAAUUUGUGAAAUUGAAUGUCCGUGCACGAUUGUCCUUCCGCUUAAUCAACUAUCUAAUCAAGUUAUUCUCUGUGAAACUACUAAUGUUCGUAUCAGUAAUCAAUUCCAGUUGUCAUCUUUAAUUUCUAAAUUCCAAGAUUUCGAAAUUGGCAAUACUUUUGAUGAUGAUGAUCACGAUUGUUGCAUCGAUUGGAUGUCAGUUGUUUGCACUGAAGCAUCAAUUUAUGAAGGCGUGCGGAUAUCAAACGCCAAGGCUGUAAUCCGCGAAAUACCAGAUUAUGAAAGAGUAUGCUGCGAUAUGUUCGAGCAUUUCCAUUUUUUAAGUUCGCGAAAAAGUGUUCUUUCGAAACCUUAUAAUUUGUUAUUAGACAUUUUCCGAAAUCUGGAUAUUUUUGUUUCGCACAGAGUACCAGAUGUAGUAAUUACUGCAUCACUCGCCAAUCUAAACAUCAAGUUAACUAGUGACUUUUAUCGAUUACUGCGCGGUUUCUUAUCGAUGAACUUAGGUGAUCCUUUAGUUCCGCAGGUUGUUGGAGCGAGUAAUAAGUAUGCAUCGUUUUCAUUCCGUAUGAUGCUUACGAAUGUUGAGUUUAAUUGUUUUGUGCAGUGCGACAAUCCUUCUCAAGGAUUUUUACCAUUAGUUGGAGUUAAAUUAAAUUCCUCACGCAUAUCAUUUGAUGUCUAUAUCGAUAAUCAAUCAGAACUGGAUUUAAUUUGCGAAAGUACUGAACUCAUCGACACGCAGUUCUUUGAUAUAGAAAUUGAUAAGAGGCCAAAUGUUUUUUACUCUGUUCUCUUUCCGUUACCUAAAGGUGAUUCGAAUAAAAGUAAACUUAUGUCCGAAGCUCAUAUUGUUUUUAAAUGCGACGAACCACCUGUAAUUACAUUGGUUCUAUUGAACGCACGAGUACUUUUGCUACUGGAUUGGCUUAAUGAUGUGAAAAAUUUUGUUCUUCUUCAUUCUGAUUUCAUACCGCCAGCGGAAGAUACAUAUCGAGGCACUGUGCAUACAACGAAGUCAGGAAUUAUGGAGCGAGAUCCACAAAUAUGUGAAUCUGUAGAACAAACUUUUUCGUUAAAAAUUACAUUAAAAGAAUGUGAUUUGAUACUUCUUGAGAAGCCAGAAUCUCCACACAGUUUAGCUCUUGUCGCUCAUACUACCGCUGUCUUGAAUAUGAACGAUGCACGCGAAUUGUUGAAUAUUAACUUAGAGAUACAGCGAGUUAACUUGGAUUGGUUUAUGAUGGCGUCUGAGAGUGGAAGCAGAUGUCAAUUAACGAAUGAUUUCUCGUUGACACUUAGUCUUUCAGUAGAAGAUGAUGUAGACGUCGAAGGACAGACUUCAAGAAUUGGACUUUCUUCAAUUAUUCCUGUUAAGCAUCAACUUGUCGCUGAAAUCAGUGAUGUGGUGGCUAGAGUAUCAUAUCGAGAUUUUCAUGUGAUACGAAACGUUCUCACUUCGUCACUAAAGAGGUUGAACAAGUCGUUAGAAAAAAGCAUUAAUCCGAAAUGUGAUUCUCAUUUGGCUAAAAAAGAAGGCACAUUAGUUAAUGUUGUUCGCACAAUCGUGAAAGGCAAUAAUAUUUCUUUCUGGUUAAUGGAUGAUCAUCAAGGCACAGUUUUCCCGCUUGCUCGAUGCAAAUUCAAAAGAUUUUAUUUGAAUCGAUAUCUGGAGAAGAUUAUUGGCUCAUUCACAUUUGGCGCAGAUUAUUUCAAUCAAAAUGUUUUUGGUUGGGAACCAUUAAUUGAAGAUUGGGAAUUAAAACAGUUGGUAAUGGUUACCAAAAACAGCACUGUAGUUAUAGAUAUUUUUGCUGAUGAACUCAGUACCUUUAACAUUAAUAUCACUCAAGUGUUUUUGCGACAGGCAGUGCGUUUCAGUUCGCAAUUGUCCGAGAUCAAGCAUGCUUUGGAUGAAGAUUUUCGUGGACCGGGUGUGCGGUCAAGGUCAGAUCAUCUCCCUUAUAUUUUGCACAAUGAGACCGGUUCCACCCUACGUUUCACAACAGCUACUGACGAGGUUUUAGAGGCUAGAUCUAUGCAAAGGAAGUCCACAGCCAAAUGGUAUCAAACAGCCCCAGAUUCUUCAACUACUUUCGAAUUUCCCACAAAGAAGCUCACCAUUGCAGAAAAUUCGGAAGAAAUCCAUCAGCUUAUAGUCCGGGUUGAUGGUUGGGAUGAGAUAUCUCCUGUAAAUGUGGAUGCAGUGGGUACAUAUUUUCGGCUUGCCAGAUGUUCAACUUCCAGAGCUGCAGAUAAUAAUUUUGGAAUUAAUGUUCGUUUGGUUAUUGUUGUUACUAUGGAUAAGAAUGGUCGAAAAGUAGUGACUAUACGAUCCGCAUUAACAGUUAUCAAUCACCUUCUUGAUUCUAUUUUAUUGAUUCUUACUUGUGGAAGUUCAAGAGUUCCAGAAACAUCAAUUAUUCGAGUUGAUUCGAAAAAAACAUUGCAUGUGCCACUCAAAUUUGCAAGCGCUUCGAUAUCUGUCAAACCGGAUGGUUGGAAUUGCUCGAAAGCCCAUGAAGUUAAAUGGCAAGAAGCAAAAAGUGCAGGCGAAAGAAUCAAUAAAUUGUUGGAAUUUAAUAUAUUUGACGCAUGUUACUGGAUGUGCUUAUCUAUAAAACGAGAACAUUAUCCAGAAUACGAAAUGCUCUCUGGGCAUACAAUAAAUUUUUCGGCUCCUCUUUCUGUCCUCAAUUUAUUACCAGUUGAUGCAGAAUUUCGGAUUGUUAAUAGAAAAUAUGCUGUUUCUGCCAGUAAACAAAUACAGAUUACAUCUGUUAAUACCGCUGAAAAUAUCAGUUUUGAGGUUGUCACCGAUCGAUUCGUCUCAGUGCGCGAAGUUACAGUCACAAAAAAUUCACUGAUGCAGAAAGCCGGCGAUGUAGAUCGUUUGCAUUUGCGCAUGAAAGAUUCGAAAAAGCGAUAUCUGGACAUUUAUUGUAGCCUAAGUAUUGGUAGCACUGGAGCAGUUUUAUUGGCUUUGUGGGUACCAUACUGGAUCGUGAAUAAAUCCGGUAUUCCAUUAAUUAUCAAACAGGAAGCAACAAAUGAUAUAGCUGCUGGACAAAUGGAAGAACAUGAAAGUGCAAAGGAUCGGAAUCCAUUAAUAUGUACUGUAAGGAUUGGCCAAAAUUAUGCCACUGAUCAGAGCUACAAACCAUUGUUUGGACCCAAGUUUCCACUUACAGUUGGGCUACACUCUAUGAAAUUACGACUAGUACAUGAUCAACAUCCGACACAGAUAUACAAUAUCGGUGUAGAAGUGCGACAGGGAACUGGUAGAUACAAAGAUACCCAAGUCGUUAUGCUUACCCCACGUUACGUACUCAAUAAUCAAACUUCUUUCGGACUUUCACUAAGUCACAUCGAUCGCAUUGAUCAACCCAAUCAGCAUGUAAAAGUGGCUAGCAAAUGCAACCUGAUUUGGAAUGAAAACUUUGAGGAUAACCGGAUGAUAUGUGUAAAACGUGAUGAUGUCAAGUACUGGAGUUGUCCAUUUAGAAUCGAUCUCAUCAGCUCUUUUCAUGUUACUAUGAGAGAUGCGGAUGAAACACCUCAGUUUCUGAGAGUUGAGGUGACACUCAAUAGUGCUAUAUUCUACGUUACCUUCACGAACGUUUGUUACUAUCCGCCACCAAUUCAGCUGGAAAAUCUAUCCGAUGUUCCUGUGUUAUACCAGCAAAAAAUUGAAAGGCCUCAAAGUUCUCACUUGCGUACAAUUUGUAAAGCACGAAGUACAGUAGAUUAUGCUUGGGACGAUCAUUAUGCACCAAAAUUACUGAUACUUCAAGUGUUUGAGAAUAAAUCCAAUUUUUACGACCCACAGAAACCAGGAAUGGGACCGCCUUUGGUGUAUACUAACGAUUUUUUCAUCAAAUUCGCUCAUUCUUUUGGCAGGAAACCGAAAGACGGCUUCACAGAUGAACUUGAACUAGCAUUGGAAGUCCUGCAUAAAGGGAAAGUAAUACUUAAUAAACUAAACCCCAGCGAUAGUAGUUGUAAUCAAUUGUGGCGUUUUGCACAAGAUGGUUGUUUGGAAAAUAUUGGAAUGAAUAAUCGUGCAAAAAUAGGAGAACGCUACGUGCUUGACGUCCUGGAUAAUGGUGGAUUUGUAUUAAUGAUGCUAAAACGAAACUCGGCAAGAGAUCGUUUCCAAAAAUGGCAAUUUACACCGGAGAAGCAAUUACGUUGUAAAGUGGAAGGAAUGUUUGUUGAAGCACGCAAAACGGAAGUGGUACUCGCUAUUCCGAACAAGAAACCUCCAUUAAAUAAGAAAGGAGUUCCGCUUGAACAGAUUUGGGAAUUGCAGUCGCAACUCCCAGGAAGUGGUAUUUUAGACGUUGAAUGCUUUCACAGAGGACCUACUUUGGUAGUCCGCAUAACGGAUCGGAAGAAACUGUAUCAAGUACAAGCAAUACGCCGUUCUAGUCAGCUAUUUAAUUUGCAACCGCUGUCCAUUGCUUGUGAAACAACUUUUAACAAUGUGUGCAAUUUCGAAGUAAAUGUUUCGAUGCGAAAUGGUAUUGGAUUGUCUUUCAUCAAUGGAUUACAUGAAGAAUUGAUUUAUGCACGAUUUCAAGGAAUAGUACUACACGUGAAUCGUCAAGGUCCAACACAUCAAAUAACUGGUAGCGUUGAAGUGAUUCAGGCUGAUAAUCAACUGUUGACGACGGAUCGAUGGCAAGUUCUGUUUUGUCAACAAGAUAUGACAAGUAUCGAAUCAGGUCUCUCCGAAUCCCAUGUUUCGGUUCCUGCCGUGAAGUUAGAAAUGAACUGGACGCCGUUGGAACAUUACGAUGCGUUUGACUGCUUCCGGUUGAAAAUGUGUAAUUUAUCGGUACAGCUCGAUGAAACACUGUUAUGGAAAAUUGUUCAAUUUGUACAGAAAGCGGAAGCUGCUGAAAGUAUGAAGCCUAACACGUUAUUGCAGCCACCUAACAUAGAACUUGAUAAACUAGAUCGGAUGCAAGCACGUAGAUGUUAUUUUGGAACGCUUGACUUGGAAAUUGGUGCUGUGGCGCUUUCAGUUGUAACAGUUGCGACGAGUGGUCUACCACCUGAUUUGCGGAAAUUGAAACGGCAAUUCAACGUGAAACUGGUCAGUUUCGAAAAUGCGAUGAUUUCUCUUCCACCAUUUCGGCAGUUUCGAUAUUUUGGGACGUUUUCAUUUCUGAUUGAAACACUCAGCAAAUUUUAUAUCGAAGAGUUAAAAAAUCAAACCUUCAACAUCAUAGUGACAAUGGAUGCUUUUGGUAAUCCUUUGGGUCUUGCUUCUGAUUUAAAGGAAAGUUUCGAGGGAUUGUUGUUCGAAGGCAAUUUGGGUGGUUUUGUUAGCGGUUUGGGAUACUGUUUCACUAACAGCAUAUCAAAGGUAGCAUCAUCAAUGGCUACUGGUGUCGGUGCGCUGACGUUUGAUGAACGACAUGAAAUGAUGAGGCGAAGAAUGCUGCGAUGCCAACCGCAAGCAGACAGUAAUAAUGCUCUUGCUCAUUUUUAUUGCGGUGUAAAGGGUUUAGGUGUUGGUGUUUUGGGCGGUUUAACUGCUAUUUUGACUAAUACAUAUAAUGAAAGUCGUAAAGAUGGACUUACUGGUGCUAUGCGUGGAAUUACAACUGGUGCUGUAGACACGGUAACGAAGCCUGUACAAGGAAUUUUUGAUUUGGUCGAAGGAACAGCUUCAGCUGUUAAAGAAAUAGUUGGCGGUCCAUCAACUAGGAAAUCACACUUUCCACUACAUCGGGUCCGAUUACCGCGAGUAACAAUGAAUUUGCAAUCGCUUCUGCCUUGCUAUUCGGAAGGGCUUGCCGACGCACAAUUAGAGCUUUUGAGGAUCAAUGGAUUUGCUACAAAUGAAAUGUUAUUGGAUGUAGAAAUGUUAUUAGACCAAGCAACAAGCACAAAUAAAAUAAGACAAUAUGCGUUAGUCUGUUCCGAGCAGUGUUAUAUUGUUCGACAAAUUCAUUUAGAACCCAGCAGUGUGGUACAAAGAAUACCUUAUAAACAGCUUAAAUUGAUUCAGGCAGUUCCUGUCAGUGAAAAAAAUAGCUUCUUUGGAACUAUAGAAGUAGUGCUAGAAGUUGCAUCUGGCCGAAGACAACGUUUACCACACAUAUGGUGUAACCGUUUCGAAGUAGCGAAAAGACUCUGUGAAAAGGUAGGUCGGGCUAAACAGUUGUAUGAUCAUGGGAAAAGAACACUAAAUACUGUGGAUGAUUUUGAUACCCUUUGA